GUAGCCCUCUCCUAUGCGCCGUAUAUGUUUAGUUGCAGCUUGAGUUGCUUCAUAAGCUGCCAGGGUACUUGUCGAGCCUUGACCUCGGCUUUUUGUGUCUUUUGCUUUUUUUGGUAGGCGCAUCUCGAGUAAAAAUGGCCGCCUGGGCCACACCCAAGAAGGCACCAAAGCCGCAGAUGCGGGCCAUCAUCGCGGAGGAGCGCGAGGUCGCGGGCGACGACGAGCUACGCGAGGCGCUGGCUGCCUCUCGACGCGAAGCGGACCAACUAGCAGCGCGCAUCGUCGACGCGGAGACGGCCGAACCGGCGGGCGGCCCCGCGGCCGACGCGUCGCUCGCGCUCGCGCUCGCGCUCCAGGACGAGGAGGAGCGCGGCGCGGCCGCGCGAGAGAGCGCGCGAAUCGCGGCCGCCAUAAGGGCUGCGCGGCGCCACGAAAAGGUCCGCGUCGGCCGCGUGCCCGAGGGGCUGGACGCGCCGUGGUCGACGUCGCCGCCGGAGGACACCGACGUCGACGACGUCGCAGCGGCGCUCGCCGCCGAGGGCGUCUCCACGCGCGGCGUGCUGGGCGGCGACAUCGUCGGCCGGCGGGCGGACGGCUCGCUCGUCAGCAAGCAUGAUAUUUUGCUGGACGGCCGUCUUAAGGCAUCGCUCCUGUCGGCGAGGGUCGCUGGCGCCGGGGACCUGUCUGACCAGCGCGUUCCGGCGCGUGCGUACCACGACCUCGUCGCCUUUCAGCACCGGCAGGAGUCGAGGGGUGAUCGGGGGGGAUCCUAA